GCGGGAAGUCGAUUGGAAAUCCAUCCAGCCCAAGAUCAUCCCUUUUGCAGUGCAAAGGGCCUGGAAGGAGGUGAUGACAGUGAUGAGGAUCUGUUUCGUGCCGCGAACACCUGAUUGGAUGGAAGAGAAGACAGUGCUGGACAAUUGGGGGAUAGAGGAGCCGCCCACGUGUGCGAUCGACACGUGGGCGACGGAGGUGAUUCCGGUGAAGAAACGACGAAGAAAGACGGGCGAAGAGACAGAAGGGCCAUUGACGACGACACAGCAGCAGCCAGCAGCUGGUGGAAUGCGACGGAGGAGAGGGUCUAUUUCAGGGGGAAGGGUGAGCAUCGAGAGCCUGCCACCGGAACAAGUAAAGAGUCUUAGCGAGGAGUCUGUCUCUCCCCCGAGGCUAUCUCCUAAAUCUCCUCUCAGCGAUGAGGAGAGAUCAGAGGAGGAAAAGCUGAGAGAAGAAGUCAAGGCAAGGAGAGCAAAGGAAGGCAUCAAGAACCUCAAAGGAGAGUUGGACGAGGAYGAGGCGAAGCGGUUGGCCAACCUGCAUCGUGUUCUCAGAGGCCAAGACUAUAGCUAUGGAUACAAAGGAGAGGUGGUGUUGAUGAGCAAAUGGCAGCCGGAGAAGCUACCUCCCUACGCUGUAGAUCUGAAUAUCAGACUGAAGGACGCAGAACCUGCAGUGGGGGCGGGUAGUGGCAAUAAAGGAGCAGCAGGAGGAGGAGGAGGAGGAGGAAGGUUGGCCGCAGAGACGACAACAACAGCAGCAGCAGGAGGAGGAGGAGGAGGAGGAGGAAGAGGAGGAGGAGGAGGAGAGGGGGGAGGGGAAGCGAUCACGAAACGCCGAACAGGGGAUGCGGCGAGUGCAGUCGAGAAGCCUGCGGCGAUGACCGCAAGGGGUCGGAAGGAAUCAGGGCUUCCGCAGAGGGAGAGAGAGGGGAGUCAAGUCGAGGAGGAAAAGGGAGGGGGAGGGGGGACAGGGGUUGCCAUGUCAGUAGAGGCCCUCCUAGCCUCCAUGAAAUUGGCGACUGGAGUAACCAUGAGGGCGGGGAACUACUUCAAAUCUGGCGGGAGAGCGAGUGGGGAGGGAGGUGGAGGCCCAUCCUACGCGGGAGGAUUCUCGGAUUUUGGCGGGGUGCCGUUUAGGACCAGAGCAGCAGCAGGAGGAGGAGGAGGAGGAGGAGGAGGAGGAGGAGGGGACGGUUUGUUGUCCCCUGUUGAGGUUGUACCACGGUUGGCGGGAGAUGAAACACGAUCAGUAGGACGGAUACCACUGGGAGUGUUCCCGCCAUCUACGCUUGUAAAUCGACGUCCUCUGAGAGCUCAUCUGUUGUAUAUUGACGGGUCCAGUGCACAUGUUCCAGUUCGCACCCCUGAGCUAAGGCUGUAUAGUGGGCUUCGGCGUCUAUGUCAAGGUGUCGCAUUUCUGGCUGUGGGCGACUAGGACGAAGUGGUUUUUUACGGGGCAAAAGGCUGUAUAGUGGGCUUCGGCGUCUGUGUCAAGGUGUCGCAUUUUUGGUU